ACUAUGUGUAUUACAAAAACAAGCAUUUUAUCUUUACAACGCACGUAAUUUUUGUGUUUACACCUAUUCAUUCGUUAUCAUUACAUGACAGAAAAGAAUUCAUUCCGGAAACUACUGUUGUAAUACCUUAUUACAGUUCGACACGUGCUACUGUUUGCGACAUUGAAAGAAACCAUCGUUUGAUUAGUAUUCGCCAUUGGAACUAAUUAUUACAUGAGGACGCCUAAAAAGUCUUGAUUUAUUAAUUAUUUUGGCAAGUGGAUACUUAUUCUAUUAUCGACUCUUGAGUUUGUCAUUUAUCUGUUCGUACUUUACUUAGAGUUUUUCACUAAAUUAAUAGGUAAAUCUACUUUGUGGAGCGCGACCAUAAGCGCGACAAACUAGAGAAAGUAACGGUACUGCGGAAACUACUGCAUCUGUUAUUAUUUUAGUUUCAGUGUAUUUGAAAGUGUUGGCCAGUUUCCACAGUUGUGAUUUCCUUGUGUAUAUAAAUCUAGAUAUGUGUGUGUGUGCUGACAAAUCAACGAAAUGGCGGUAAAAGAAUGGUUCCGUCAGUCGCAACCUGUACAGUUGUAUAUCAUUCUGAUAUUAACAACGCUAUUCUUUAUUACUGAACUCAUUAUUAGUCAUCUCACUCAUGCACUUACUCUCUUAAUGGACUCGUACAACGUUCUUUGUAACAUAAUGGUACUGUGUGGAUGCAUUGCCACGAUAAAGUACAAUAAUUCGUCGUCAACUGCUUCUUCGGAACAUUCUGCAAUUAACAACACUAGAAUUUCUAAUGCUGAUCAAACAAACAAAAAAAAUAGCCAAUGUUCCGACAAAAACACUUUAAAGCAUACAUUAAAUAUGGAACAAAAAGAAAAUAGAUUAAGAAACACGUUUGGAUGGGCUAGAAUUGAUGUCGUAAUUAUGCUUAUAUGUUGCGUGUUUUUAGCGUCGUUAUGUUUUUCGGUGCUUAUUGAAGCCCUACAAACAUUAAUUCACAUAGAUCAUCACGAUGAGAUGCACCAUCCUGUUCCGGUAUUUUGUGUGGCAGUUAUCGGAUUACUCCUGAAUGGAAUCUGUUAUCUUUUAAUUGGAGGAUAUACUUCUCCUGAUGGAAAUUUCCUUCGCGUAACCAAAUCUGGCGAUGUAAUUUUGGACAGGGUUACUAGUGAGCCUAAAAACGUUAAUAAUUGUGAUAUUUCAAAGACGUAUGAUAUUAAAAUUCAAAACAGUACGAAGCAGCCAGGGGAGCUAUGGAAAUUAACAAAGGACAGCAUAGGUUGUAUAAUAGUAAUGGUAUGCGCAACUGUGUGUUAUUUCAUAGAAGAAGAUAUUGGAAAAUUUGUAGAUCCAGUAUUUUCGUUAGUCUCAGCUUCAAUCCUACUCAUAUUGAGUUAUCCUUACAUUAAAGAAAGUUGCUGCAUUCUAUUACAAACAAUACCAGACACAAUUGACAUUGAAACGUUAAAAAUGAAACUUUUAAAACAUUUUCCCGGCAUUAUUAGCGUCCAUGACCUACACAUAUGGGAACUAACGGCCGACAAAAUUAUUUCAACAGCGCAUAUAAUAUUUUUAAAUCCCAAGGUUUACGGUACAAUUACAAACCAAGUGACUGAAUUCUUCUUGGAACAAGGGAUAACUCAGGUAACGAUUCAACCAGAAUUUUACACGAAAUCGAUAAGUGCGGAAAGUUUGGUUUCGACAAAAUCUGGAUGUUUAGUCCGAUGCCAAAGUGAAGAUUGUAAAACUAGCCAUUGCUGUCCAAAUUAUGACGAUAAUAGUCCCUACCAAAAGAAAUCAUCAUCUUCGGAAAUAUUUCAAGAAGAUACAUCAGUUAGUCUUAAGUCUGUUAAAACUAUUGACGAUAAUGACCAAAGGCCAGUUGAAUCUAGUAGUAGCUGAGCUUAUCCAACUUUUGUUUUGGUACAAUAUAAAAGACGUAAGUACAAAUUGAAAUCGACAAAGAGUGUACAUAAAGAAAUAAAUAAAAAUCUUUGAAGAAUCAUAAGUUUUGUGCUGCUAUUUUAGACAAGACGAUAUCUCUCAGGAUAGAUACUUAUGUUAUAUUCUUGUAAAAUAUUUGUUUUUAUUUGUAACAAAGCAAUAUGCAUUUAUGUAAAAAGAAAAUGUUGAUCACAGAUGUUACCAAAUAUGAAAAUAGUUUUAAAUAAAUAUUAUUUUAAUCACC